AUGCGCGCGAACGCGCCCUCCGUCGUGCUCACCAACGCGCGAGGGAACGCGCACGUGAAUCCUUCGCCUCGUCACAGAUCCUGCCGUCGCGCCGAGACCCGUGCGCACGCGUCGUCGUCGUCGUCGAAAAAGGAUAGCGCCGACGUCGUCGUCAUCGGCGGUGGUCUGAGCGGUCUCGCAGCGUGUCGCGAGCUCGGCCGUCGCGGUGACGAUUACCUGUUGCUUGAAUCGAGCGAUGACAUCGGUGGACGCGUGCGAACGGACGUCGUGGACGGGUACUUACUCGACAGGGGGUUCGCCAUCUUUCUCACAUCGUACCCAGAGGCGCGACGGGUGCUGGAUUACGACGCGCUGGAUCUGAAACCGUUCUACGCUGGCGCGGACGUGAGAUUCGACGGCGCGUUUCAUCGUGUCGCGGAUCCGUUUCGUCAUCCCGUAGACGGGUUGCAGUCGUUGCCGAAUCCAAUUGGGAGUGUCGUCGAUAAAGUCCUCGUGGGACUGGUUCGAUUCCAAACCGUGCUGGCGUUGGGCAGCCUGGAGGACAUGAUGUCGCGCGACGGUGAGACGACCAUCAUGAAGCGCUUGAAAGACUUUGGAUUCAGUGACGCGAUGAUCGACCGAUUCUUCCGACCGUUUAUGGCUGGAAUUUUCUUCAACCGCGAGUUGACGACGUCGAGCAGGUUGUUCAACUUUGUCAUGCGUAUGCUCGCGACCGGGCAGAACUGUUUGCCGGCGAAGGGAAUCGGAGCUGUGAGCGCGCAAUUGCGCGACGGGCUCGCGUUAGAUAGCGUUCGAUUGAACGCAAAGGUAGCGAAUGUGGGUGAGCGCAGCGCGGACCUUUCGAGGACACUCACGCUUGAGAGCGGCGAAUCGAUCACGGCGCGAAAGGCGAUCAUCGUCGCCUGUGAAGGUCCAGAGGCUGCGAGAUUAUUAGGAAAAUCGUUGGGAAAAAGUCCGAGUAAGAGUGAAUCCGCCGUGGGGACAACGUGUUUAUAUUUCGCCAUGGAAAAGGCUCCAACAGAGGACGCGAUCUUGUACUUGGACGGCGACAACAACGGUGGCAUUGUGAACAACUGUUGCUUCCCGAGCAACGUCGCGCCAUCAUACGCCCCGGCGGGCAAAUCUCUGGCGUCCGUCUCAAUCAUAGGCGUUCCCGAGGAAGACGACGAGACGAUCGAGUCCAAGGUUCGCCAAGAGCUCUCCGCGUGGUUCGGCGCAGACUCUGUCUCCACGUGGCGUCUCCUCCGCGUCUACCGCAUCCCGUACGCCCAGCCCAACCAGGAGGCGCCCACAGACUUCUGCCGUACAACCUCGCUCGGCGACGGCGUUUUCGUCGCCGGUGAUCACAGAUAUUCCGCCACUUUCGACGGCGCCCUAUUGAGCGGUCGUCGCGCUGCCGAGGAAGCCGUCGCGUAG